GCGGCGAGAACGUGAGAAGCGGUUUUCCCGCACGACGACCGUGCACGGGAAGCACUUUUCACGCCCGUCGCGCGUCUGCGAUCAUCGGACGCGCGGCCGCGCGCCUCCUCGCCCGGGAGUCACCGGAGUGACAUCACGAUGUCACGCUUCGCGUCGCCGUGGCAUCGUUUAAGGUGACUUUCACCGAGUAUGCAAAAAGAGCUUUUUACUCGAACACUCUUCAUGCCUAGGCCCCGACGCGGUGUGCGCACUCACAAGUCGCGGACACUCUGCCGGAUUGCGCGGGAUUGCGGGCGCAAUCUGUCCCAUCACAGCUGGCGACGGGCAUGGACUUCUUCGUGGGCGUGGACGUGGGGACCGGUAGCGCCCGGGCGGCUCUGGUUACCGCGAGCGGGAGGAUAAAAAAGGUGGCUACGUGCCCGCUCGAGAUAUUUCACCCCGCGCCGAACUUCUACGAGCAGUCCUCCGAUAACAUUUGGAGCGCCGUUUGCCACGUUGUCAAGUCGGUUGUCGCCGAAAUCUCCGCGGAGGAUGUUAAAGGAAUCGGAUUCGACGCCACUUGCUCGUUGGUGGCCGUAGACGAGGCAGGUUCACCAAUAACAGUUAGCCCUACAGGACAGGAGAAACAAAAUGUCAUCCUAUGGAUGGAUCACAGGGCGCACGAGGAGGCUGACUUUAUCAACUCUAUGGGCCACGAUAUACUGCAAUAUGUCGGCGGCAAAGUUUCCCUCGAGAUGCAAACGCCGAAGAUGCUGUGGCUCAAAAAGAAUUUGCCCGCUUCCUGGAACUCUGCCGCGCUACUGUUUGACCUACCAGACUUUUUAACGUGGAAAGCCACUGAAUCGGAAUCGCGAUCGUUGUGUUCGUUAGUGUGUAAGUGGAAUUAUAGCGCCAAUCCCAUUGGUAAGAACGGAUGGAACGAGGACUUCUUUGAACAGCUCAAUUUGCGAGAUCUCAAAAAAGAUAAUUGGAGAAAAAUAGGUAACGACGUGAGGGUACCUGGUGAUGCGAUUGAGCCCGGACUGUCGAUGAAAGCUGCGGCAGAAUUGGGACUGUUGAAAGGCACACCGGUCGGGACCUCGCUGAUCGAUGCACACGCCGGUGGUCUCGGCAUGAUCGGAUGUUACGCGUCGGAUGUGUCCCCGAAUUUCUCCAACCGAUUGGCUUUGAUUUGCGGCACUUCAACCUGUCAUAUGAUAGUGAGCGAGAACAAGAUAUUCGUGAAUGGCGUUUGGGGUCCGUAUUACAGCGCGAUGGUGCCCGGUUUCUGGCUCAACGAGGGUGGACAGAGUGCCACCGGAAAGCUGCUUGAUCACGUCAUCGAUACGCACCCCGCGACGCCGGGGAUCCUGAAGACUUUAGGCGGCAAUAAACACAUUCAACAAUACUUAUCCGAGCUGUUGCACGUCAUGGCCGAGCAGAAAGGCCUGCAGAAUGUAUCGUAUCUGACGAAGGAUAUACAUGUAUGGCCGGAUUUCCACGGUAAUCGUUCGCCCCUCGCCGAUCCAACACUGAAAGGAAUGAUAUCCGGAUUAUCCUUAUCUGUGGAUCAGGAGAAUCUAGCGUUACUAUACUUGGCUGCGGUGCAGGCACUAACGUACGGUACGAAGCACAUAAUCGAAGUCUUGUCGGCGGCCGGCCACAGCAUAGAGAGUAUACUAGUUUGCGGUGGACUCAGCCAGAAUCCGCUGUUCAUCCAAAUACAAGCCGACGUGUUGGCGUUACCGGUACUCUGCCCCGUGGAGCGAGAAUCGGUUUUGGUAGGCGCGGCGAUUCUCGGAGCGUGCGCCACGAAAAAAUAUUCCAUUCACGAGACCGUCCAGAGAAUGGCGGGAUCGGCGAAUAUAGUGAGACCGACGAGCGAAUGUUACAAGUAUCACCUUCGAAAAUAUCGCGUAUUCAAGAAAAUGAUCCAAGAUCAACAAGAAUACAGGAAAUUAAUGAGCGAAGAAUUGUAGCCUAUUCUUCCGUCCCUUAGCCUAAACUAGAGGAUUAAGAAUAGACUGUUUAGCAAAUAUUUUUACAAUUGGGAUUGUAAUGACGAUAAAGGAUUUGCGAAUAUUUGACAAAUAUUCGGAAAGAAUCUCCGAGGCCUUGAGAGAUGGGUUUAAUAUUAUAGGAACUUAAAGAUUCGAAUUGAGCGUUUUGCAAAGAGAUAUUCCGCUGGAAAGUGUCAAUUAUUGCAUUUAAAAUAUCUUUUUCCCCAAUAAUGUGUAAAAAUAAUUGAAGAUACUUACUGGUGACGUUAAUGGCAGUAACAGUUGUAUGCGUAGCUUGCGAUUUACUUGUACAAUCGCCUUACAAUGGAAACAAAGAUCUAGAGUAUUGAUAUUACUAUAGCGCAAUAUUGAUUUAACGUAACAAACGAUGCUUUGUGGCGAUGAACGUUUCUUGCAGUCGAUCAUCUUGUGAUCUGAAAAAGACAUAGUGUCCUUGUUAUUGUAUAUUUUUAUAUUCAUUUUAAUUUCGAACCUCUAUUUUGUAAUGCAAAAGAUAGACAAAUAUAUGGGAAUUUAUAUUUUGCCGAA